UAAAUAUGGUGCAUAAUUAAUCAUUUCAUUCGUUUCAUUCACUCUUCUUUCUUUACAGGAUGUCGCAAGACUUGGAUUUUGGUAAUGAAACAGAUGAUAACUCUACAUUUUAUGACUGGGGGGGAGAUGAUACAUUACCAUGUGAUCUGAAAGGUAAUCAUGGACAACAAAUGACAAUACAAACCUGUGUCUACUCUUUAAUAUGUGCCCUUGGACUAGUGGGCAAUGUUUUGGUUCUUGUGACAUAUGCAUUCUAUAGGAAGGUCAAGACCAUGACUGACAUCUACCUAGUCAAUGUGGCUUUAGCAGAUCUCCUCUUUGUCAUUGCCCUGCCACUGAUCAUAUAUAAUGAGCAGUACAGCUGGAGCAUGGGCAGCUGGGCAUGUAAACUAUUAACAGGAACCUACAGCAUCAACCUGUACAGCAGCAUGCUCCUGUGGACCUGCAUCAGUGGAAACCGCUAUGUGGCCAUCGUUAAAGCGAGGUGUUCCCUUGGAAUUUGCUCAAACAGUUAUAUAUACAGCCGACUCAUUUGCUCAAUAAUCUGGCUUCUUGCCGUUGCGUUAUCUAUGCCAACGUUCAUCUUCUACGAUCGGUAUGAGGAGAAGAGCUUUGAUGGAAUGGUAGAAGCUGAGUGUGUCCUCUUGGAGACAGGUACAACAGUGAAUCUGAUGAGACUCCUGGUGCCCAGCACACAGGUCACUGUGGGUCUCUUUCUGCCCAUGUUUGUGAUGGGCCUCUGCUACUGCAGCAUUGUGUUAACUCUGCUCAGGGCGCAGGACUACCAGAGGCACAAGGCAGUGCAUGUAGUUCUGGCAGUGGUCAUCGUGUUUAUCCUCUGCCAUCUCCCCUAUAACAUCCUCAUUCUGGUCCACACUGGCAAUCUGUUCGGAGAGAGAAGCUGCGAGGCAGAACAGAACAUUCUGUUGGCUUUGUCUGCAACCCGGUGUGUGGCCUACCUCCACUGCUGCCUCAACCCUAUCCUCUACGCCUUCAUCGGAGUGAAGUUCAGGAAUCAUUUCUGUAAGAUUAUGGAAGACCUGUGGUGCUUAGGGAAGAGAUACUUCUCCUCAGCACGCUCCUCCCAGCAAACUUCAGAGCUCUACAUUCCAGCACACCAAUCUGACGAAUCAAAUCAUGAGAGUUCCUCCUCAUUUAUGAUCUAAAGUGCAUUAGUAAAGGGAGCAAUGAACGUUCUCUCAGCUGCCAUGAAAUGUUUGAAGUGGAAAAUAGUAAUAAACUUGAAUUUUGUCUUUAGUUUGCGUUUUUGUACCAAAAAUGGUGCAAAAUACACUGGGACUGGUUUCCACUGGAAAUGAUCAUUAGUAGGCAGUUCAGCCUUUAAUGACACAAUCUGUAGGAAAGAAAAACCUGAAAACAGAUUUCUUUAAUAUCUCUGUAAAUUUUCUUAGAAAACACUGAGAUCCAACAUACACUCCAGACAAAACUGCAUUUCUUAGAUAAAAACUAAAGUAGCAUCCUUCUUCAAGCCUAAAUUAAGUCU